ACAAUAUAUUGGCUAAUUAAUGAAGUACAAGUCAAUCUGUGGCAAGCAUUUACAAAAUGGAGGAUGAAUGCAGCAAAUUCCCCAAACCUAUAGCAGGCUGCACAAAGGAAUACAGACCAGUCUGUGGUACUAAUGGUGUGACAUACGACAAUAUAUGCCUGCUUUGUUUAGCAAGACAGGAGACAGGGAAAAACAUUCGUAUAGCUCAUGAAGGCAAAUGCAAGGAAAAGGAUGAGUGUAGUCAAUACACUGACCCACAGGCAUGCACAAAGGAGUAUAAACCAGUCUGUGGCAGCGAUGGAGUGACAUACAACAACAAAUGUCUUUUCUGUUGUGCCAAAAAGGAAAAGGGUGGCAAGUUGACCAUCAAACAUAAAGGGGAAUGUAAGCCAAAGGAUGAAUGCAGUAAAUACCCAGAGCCAUCGGAUGGAAAGCCUGCCCCUUGCACAUAUGAGCUUGCUCCAGUCUGUGGCAGCGAUUGA